ACCGACCCUUUGAUUGCCUGACACAGUGUGGCGUUUGUUCUCGUGGCAGGAUGAGGAGGUCGGGUUGACCGGCUCGCAUAGGCAUCUCCUCAUAGCCAUUGGCCGAUGGAUUCCUGGUGCCAUCCCAUGGUGGCCGCAGGACGAGCGCAGCGGCACCGUCAUCCGUGGCGUCUUCCUCCCGUCCUCUAGCUCGUGUGCACCGGAGGAUUAUGGGUUUCGCCUUCGGCGAGGGGUCUAGGGUUUUGAAUUCCUCUUCCUCCAAUUUGAGACCCCUCACAAUGUCUUCCGCUUGUCGCUCCCUUACCCUUCCCCCGCUGACUCCCCUUCCCUCGCCAUCUAGAGCUCGGUCUUCCUCAAGAACCGUCUUUUCUCCCCCUUCGACAUCUCUUGGCUUCCGCGGCGUUCGAUCGUUAUCAUCUCGCAGAGCUCCCAAGAAGAGAUGGAGGCUCGGUGAUGUAUCGUGUUUUAUGCACGAAGAGGAGGAGGGAACGUCGUCCAGCGAGAGGGGAUUCGGGUUUAUGGAAAUUAAGGGAGGCCAAGAAUCCGGCGAGAUUAAGUUGGACGAGACAAGCAAGGAAAACAGGGGCUGGAUUUCAAGAAUUCAAAAGGUAUCACACAGGAUUUUUAUUUUUAAUGGUAAUUCUUGGACGGUACCAUGGACGGUGGAGACGAUUGUCCAGGUUAUGCUUCUUUGGAUUGCUUCAUUCUGGUUUGUGGGAUCCUGGAUAAUUCCAUUCUUGGCUCAUGCUGCUGGUUUCAGCAAGGAGUCAUUGACACACCGAGGUCAGGCCUUAUAUAGCCUUCUUACUGAUGUAGCCGAAGGUUUAGCUGGAAUUGCGAUCCUCCACCGAUGUCUUGCUAGAUUCCGUCCCCUUCCAUCAGGCUGGUUUCAGUUCAGUUUGAAAGGUUGCUGGCACUUUGAUGUCGCUCUGGGGUGCCUACUCUUUCCAUUGGUCAAUUUUCUAUCCCAGAUCAACAUCAACUUGGUUCCAGUUCUCCCUGCCCCUCCAGUAGGAGUCUCCAGUGUUGAGCAAUCAAUUUUGGCUCGUGAUCCUGUGGCCAUGGCUCUUUAUGCUGUUGUGGUCUCGGUCUGUGCACCUGUCUGGGAGGAAAUUGUAUUCCGUGGCUUUCUUCUCCCUUCACUCACCAGGUACAUGCCACUGUGGGGGUCAAUUUUGGUAAGUGCAGUUGCUUUUGCACUUGCACAUUUUAAUGCACAGAGACUACUUCCAUUGGUAUUCCUUGGGGUAGUGAUGGGAGCUGUAUUUGCAAGAUCAAGGAACUUGCUGGCUUCAAUGCUAUUACAUAGCCUAUGGAAUGGCUUUGUCUUCUUGGACCUUAUGAAAUGAUUAAACCAUUUUGUACCAUUAAUGACAUCUGAUAUCUUUUCAAUUCAAUCCAUGAUGUUUAAUUUGA